AUGGCUGAACAGAAAGUUGCUGCGGGCAAGCCCGAGGCAGUAAGCAAGGUGCUGGAUAAAAAUGCCAACCUGGUGGCGAACACGGACAUCGCUAGCAAGGACUACGACCCUAGCAAGAAGCUCUUCACGGCCGCGCAGUCGGUGCAGAUAGCCGUACACAAGGCAGCCAUCAAUAAACAGCUCUCUGUUGAGGAGCAGCGCAGGUCCAGUAAGCCGGACAAGGCGGAUACAAGCGAGGAGAGCGACGUGACCGAGUCCGUGGACGAGGAGACUGAGGAGGACUACUAUGACGUGGAGGACGACGACGAGGCAGACAACGUAAAACCGCAUAAUCAAUCAAACAAGGGCAUUAAGCCUAGUGAUACAAGGGAGCCGCCCCCGGGUGUGUUACGUAACCAGACUUUUACUGUUCAGCCAACCGAAAGUAUUAUCGGAAAAAUUCAAAAUACGAAUAUUGAGCCACGGGCAGCACCUGAUCUGAAAAGUGCUAUACAGGCGCCGAACACAGUGAUGGUUCAGAACCCUGUUUAUAUCGAAGACAAGGCCGUCUACCAUCAGGACCAGCAAGAGACGAAGAUAAACAAGCAGUGGACGAACGUGGAUACGCGAGUUGUGCCCAACAGGCAGGAGUUGGACCGAGUAGAAACACAGUCCAACGCUUCAGAUACGUCCGACACGCUCCAGGGCGACGAGAGUGCCGUCUCAUCUGCACAACGGCUGCUCAAGAUGGCCACCAACAACGAGCAAAAUAGUAAGGUCGCCGGAAGCCGCUUCUCAAACCGCAGCUCCAAGAAGCAGAAGAUGAAACGCGCCAACACGAUCGACAUUCCCAAGCCGCUCAAUUACUACCAGGUGGAGGAGGACACUGACGGAGAGGUGACGUCGGGCGACGAGGCAUUCCAUUCCGCGCACGACAGCGCGUCGAGCAACGACAAGCGGGCCGCCUACCUCGCGCUCAGGGGGCCCAUCCGAGUCACGCCGGACGCUCAAAAGGGCCAGCAGCAGCAGCCGCCGGCGGCUGUCCAGGCGCCCAAGACGGAGAACGACCGCAAGUUCCUCGCGUUCCUGGAGCAGCAGGGUGGCAAGAAAGGGGGCACGGGUGGGUCUCUCUGGUCCGGCGCCGACGACCACAACGGCAGCGCCAGCCCGCUUGGCGGGCACGGGCCGAGCCACCAGUGGAACAACCGCUUCUCCAACAUCAAGACCGCCUUCGAGAACAAUGCGAGUCACAGCAGCCGGGAGCAGCAGCUCAACCGGAUCAACAGCGACCGCAAUGCAGCGCGGCAGGGCGGCGCGCGCUCCUUCUGGCAGACGGCCGACGACUCGGCCGCCCUCCUGAAGAGCCGCGGACGUGGCGGCCGCGCCAACGGCGCCCCGCACGAGCCCCGGCUGUCCAAGCAGGCCAGCGCCUUCCUCAAGCAGCUGCACGAGCAGGGGCAGCCGGGCCAGCCCGCCAACAAGCUGCCGUGGGCGGCCGCCGAGCAGCCCGACGACCCGGGGGUGGUGGUCGGGUCCCUGACUGUGGCCGCCAACAACCGGCAGCAGCACCACCACCAACAGCAGCAGCAGAAGCAGCAUCAGCAGGUGACCAAUGCUCCUAACGGACCAGUCAACAAGUUCUUCCACGCGCCGAUGUCGGCCUUCAAACCCAUCGAGAAGUCCAAACCUACCCCGUCCGCCCCCUGGGCCACGCCACCCGCCACGACGGGCAGCGUCAAGCAGCUCGCCGCACAGAAGUUCGAGCAGCCUGUACCCCCGCCCGCGCCCCCGCCGGAGAAGCCGGCCGUGGUGCACGCCCCCAAGCCCGUGCACCCGCACCACCUGCAGCCGCAACCUCAGCACCAGCUGCCGCCGCCCGAGCAUGCGGCGUCCCCACUCAGCCCGACACUGCCCUGGAAGAAGGACCUCGGCCACAGCCACCACCUGACCUCCACUCUCGCCAAAUUCGAGUCGAUGUCCUCGCGAGAGACGUCCCCGCAGCUGAUGCCCGCCCCCGCGCUGCCCCCCGUCGUGCACCCUGCGCUUCCUCCUCACAACUCCUUCGUGCACGGCGAGUUCAGCACGCGGCCCGGCUUCGGCCAUGGGCUGGUGCACAGCAAGUCGAAUCAGUACGUCCCGACGGCCGACCUCCACUGGCACCACCAGCACAGCUACGACUCUGACUCUGAGGACCUGUCGCUGCCGCCCACGGACAACAAGCUGGUCCUCAGCACGCUCCGGGACGCCGACUUCGGCGGCUACGAGUCGCCCAGCCUGAACGCGCCGCCUAUCCCCACGUUCAGCGCCGGGGUCACGGUCCGUCAGUCUGUGUUCGGGCUGCCGUCCGCCGGUGUCACGCCCGUCGUUACGCCCGGUGUCACGCCCAGCGUGACGCCCACCGUGGCGCUUAGUCAGGCCAUGUCCACGCCCGACUCGUCCCCGCCGCCGCCCUACGGGGCCACGCCCGAGCAAGGUCCGCCCGUCAGGCCGCCCAGGCUGCUGAUCCAGGACGCGACCGGCCCGUCCGGCGCGCUCGGCACCCCGGAGCCCGAGGAGCACACCGCCGCCGUGGCGAGGGUCAUGGGCGGCGCGCAGUGCCAGAAGGCAGUGACCGUCACCAACAAGAUGCGCCACCGAUACGACGACGAGAAGGGCGGCGCCGGUGCGGGCGGCGGGGGGAUGAGCUCCGCCGCCUUCAACCUGACCAACGAAGAUCGGCCUGGAGGUGUUUCUGUAUGGACAUCAGCCGUGCAGCCCAUGGAAUCAUCAGAUAUAAGUUGA